CUAAAUCUCUGUUAUAAAUUAUAAACGCCCUGAUUCCAGUGUAAAGAUUAUUUAAAAAAACCAUGUCAAAGAAAUCUGUGGAGUUGUUUUACGAUGUUGUGUCGCCAUACACAUGGUUUGCAUUUGAGGUAAUGUGCAGAUAUCAGCACAGAUGGAACAUAGCCCUUAAAUUACGUCCUUUUUUCCUGGGUGGGAUUAUGAAUGAAUCAGGAAACAAACCACCAGCUACUGUACCAAAUAAAGGAGCCUACAUGUAUAAGGAUGUGCAAAGACUUGGGAAGUAUUUUGAUGUACCCAUUAAAUUUCCAAAGAACCCAUCAGAGAUGAUGUUCAUUAAAGGAACUCUUGCUGCCCAAAGGUUCCUCACAGCCAUUGACAUGACCCAUCCUGAAAUGCUUGAAAAAGUCUCUAGAGAGCUCUGGAUGAGGAACUGGAAUAGGGAUGAAGAUGUAACUGAGCAGAGUAGUUUGGCUGCAGCAGCAAAAAAAGCAGGAAUGACUGAAGAGAACAUAGCAGCAGUUUUAAAACUUGUCGCUGAUGAAAAGGUUAAAAACAAAUUAAAACAGACUACACAGGAAGCCAUACAGUUAGGGGCAUUUGGCUCUCCAAUGAUUGUCACAGAGGUAAAUGGCCAAAAAGAAUGGGUGUUUGGGAGUGACAGAUUCCCAGUACUUGCUGAUUUACUUGGUGAAAAGUGGGAAGGUCCCCUGCCUGGAAUAUCAAGCAAACUAUAGCAUCGUAGAGUUAUCCAGCUACAGCUUGUUUAUUGUUGAUUUCAUUGUGAUCCAAGUUUUUUUGUUAUAUUUACAAUUGUCAAGCAAGUCUUUUGUCAAAGCAUCAAUAGCUGUGACAGUUGAUUAUAUUGUUGGUUGUUAUUCACAUUUUAACCAGAGAAUUUAUGCCUUGUAAACAUGGAACAGUGUUUAGUUAUACUACUUAUAGCAUUGUGUAUCAAAAUCAAAUGUAAAUUCUAAGUUUGUUUUAAGACAAAGUGGAGUAUUUAUAAAACAAAUAUUCUAUAAUAAAUUAUAAUAAAUACCAAUAA